UCGCUUCUGUCUUUGUUUAUAGAAGAUAGUUCUGAGUUCUCGUCGAGCCUUCUUUUCAGGGAGGUGCGAAGAAAUGGGGUUCUUUUCACUGGUGGCACUGGUCACAGGGAUGCCAGGUCCAAGUGGGUUCGGAUCAGCUUCCACGGCUGAACAGGUUACUGAGGGAAUUGAUGCAAGCAAACUCACUGCUGUAAUCACUGGAGGAGCGAGUGGGAUCGGUUUGGAGACCGCAAGAGUCUUGGCACUCCGUGGCGCCCAUGUCGUGAUUGGUGCCAGAAACUUGGAGGCUGCAAAUGAAGCAAAACAGCUUAUUCUCAAAGAUAAUAACUCUGCUCGUGUGGAUGUUUUGAAACUUGAUCUUUGCUCGAUGAAGUCCGUCAGGGCAUUUGUCAAUGACUUUAAUGCUCUUCAACUUCCCCUGAACCUCUUGAUAAACAAUGCUGGUGUCAUGUUCUGCCCUUACCAGCUCUCAGAGGAUGGAUUUGAGUUGCAGUUUGCAACUAAUCAUCUUGGUCAUUUCCUCUUGACAAACCUUCUCCUCGACAAUAUGAAGAACACAGCUAAAGUUACUGGGAUUGAAGGAAGGAUUGUGAAUUUGUCAUCAAUAGCACAUCUAUUUACUUAUGACCAUGGGAUACGGUUUGAUAACUUGAACGACAAAAUUGGUUACAAUGACAAAAAGGCAUAUGGGCAAUCUAAAUUAGCAAACAUUUUACAUGCCAACGAGCUCUCUCGUCGAUUGCAGGAAGAGGGUGCAAAUAUUACAGCAAACUGUGUGCAUCCGGGCCUAAUAAUGACAAAUCUCAUGAGGCAUUCUGCCUUUCUGAUGAGAUCUCUGAAGAUAUUCACAUGUCUCUUUUGGAAGAAUGUACCACAGGGAGCAGCUACGACAUGUUAUGUUGCACUACACCCUAGUUUGAAGGGGGUAACAGGGAAGUACUUCCUGGACUGUAAUGAGAUGAAACCAAGCGCCUUGGCUACAAAUGAAGUGUUGGCAAAGAAACUGUGGGACUUCAGUGAAAAGUUAGUUAAUUCUGUUCAGAAUAAUUGAAGUUUGUUGCUUUCAGCUACAGCACAGGAGGAUUAGGAUCUCCCUUUACAUAGAAUGGAAUAAGCAUACAAGGAUGGUAGGAGUUUGUGUUUGGAAUGGUCUCUGUUUCAUGAAAGAAUGUGAAAUGUCAAUGAGUUGG